AUGCAGCGGGAAGCUCCAAAUGCUGUGACCGAAGCGAGGAGAACCGCCCCUCCCGCCCCAGCCUUCGUGCCUGGGCUUGUUCGGCCCGAGGCAGUUGACAUCGACGAGCUGAAAGCAGAAGGUGCGCUAUUGGUAGACAAAGGGUCGGACAUCGAGGAGGCUGUUCGCUGGAUCACCGAAGGAGGUCGUGCCCUGGUGGUGGGUCACUGGCGUGACCUGGAGAGAUGUCGGGCCGCGGUCCUUAAGCCAUUGAAGCGGGCUCCUGCUAAUGCAAAGGAAGCAGAAAAGCAGCGAACUCUCAAAAAGCAGCUGUCUGAUCGAUUGCUGGGUCGGGUAGUGCAAGGACGCAUUGCUCUUCAAGGUGCUCCGCGAGCUGACUUCUUACUGACAUUGUAUGGUGAUCUUUUUGGAGGUGGCCGGCAGUUUGCGCUCCCCUCAGGUGUACUGAUGGGCCUGGCCAAUGCCUGGCAAUACUUUGAGGGUGGUGUGCGAUUUCCAUUCCUGGCACCGCCGGUGCUCUCAGGACCAGUGCGACCCUUCUACGGUGUCUAUGCAUACCCACACCCGGUGACGCACUUUGAGAUGUUAAUUGAGUGGUUGCAGAACUGCAGCAGCCGCCCAACAAACGCCCUGGACCUGGGUACCGGGUGUGGUGUGGUGGCCUUAGUCCUGCGGCAGCUUGCCGGCAUCCCGGAUGUCGUGGCUACUGAUGUGAGCCCCAAUGCUGUGUAUGGGGCCCAGGAGGAAUUUAAACGCCAUGGCAUCGUGGGCUUCAAGGUGCUUUGCUCAGACCUCUUCGAAGGGUUGGAAGGCCAGAGGUUUGAUUUGGUGGUCUUCAACCCACCAUGGCUACCGCUGCCGACGCCCUCGGCCAACGAGCCUCCCAGGACUGUGCUGGAUCUGGGGAACUUCUACUCGUCGGAUCUUUUCCGACGCUUCUUCGAGGGUUUGCCUGAAGUGCUGAACCCGGGUGGCAGGGCCGUGGUCCUCUUCUCCAACCACGCCUUCAACCGGGGCUACGUCCAUGAGCAUCCCCUCAGAGAGGCGCUCCGAGACUCGAACAGCUCCAUCCAAAUCACCCAGGUGUUGAGGCGCGACUUCGACAUCGAAGGCCGGCGGAGGCGGACCGGGCGACCGCAGGUGAAACCAAGCCUCGAGGAGCCCGCGGCGGAGCUCUGGGAAUUUCGGAUCCCGGACCUCGCCUCAACAGACAGUGCAAAAAGGAGUGCUUGA